CUGGUCUCGAACUCCGACUCGACGGCUUUGAAGAGGUGAGGAAUUUGUAUAUAUAUAUAUAUACAAGUUCAUUUGAUUUCAAUAUUUCCGUUUUUCGAAUUCUUAAAGACCUUUCCCUUGGUUUUUUCCUUCAAACAAUAAAUCAAAAUUUUCAAAUCGACAGCAAGUUACCGCUCCACACCAUGGCACCAGAAACCUUCACACUCUCCGAGUGCACAAAAGAAGAUGUACCAGCCAUGAUACAAGUCUACCUCAGCUCCUUCGCAUCCGACUACUUCGGCCAGUUCGUGUUCCCCAAAGCCACCAUAAGCGACGAAGAAAGGCAUCGCUGGCUCACCUACCGCUUCACAACCCUGUUCACCAAACGCGAAGUCCGGAGCUUCAAAAUCACAGAAAACAGCACGGGGAAAAUGGCCGCGUUUCUGAGAUGGACGUUCCCAAUCGUUUUAACAGAAGAAGAGCAGCUUGAGCGCAAGAAGGAGAAGGCGGAGAAGGAGAGGGUGAUGAAGGAGACGGGACAUGAUCCUACGUGGCCAAGGGGCGCGAAUUUGGCGCUUACGGAGGAGAAGUUUGGGGGCUUGGAGAGGAUGAUGGAUAAGUAUGUUGAUAAGAAGGAGAUGUAUGUGGCCAAUCUUUUAGGUACAGAUCCAGCGUAUCAGAGAAAGGGACUUGCUAGUAGGUUACUGAAGCAUGUUCUUGAUAUGGCUGAUCGGGAGGGGAGGAAGGUCUAUAUUGAGGCUACUCCUGCGGGGCAUCCCGUGUAUCUGAAGUUGGGGUUCAAGGAUGUUGAUAUUGUCAAGGUGGAUUUGUCGAGAUGGGGUGGGAAGGAGAUUGGGACUAAUAGGAUUAUGAUUAGGGAUCCUGAACCUGCUUCGUGAGGUUUGGUUUAGCAUUUUUAUAGAUUUUGGCAGGAUAGAGUAUUUUCGCAUAGCGGUAAAUGACAUAUAAAAAGGAUCA